ACCUGGUUGUAUUGUUUACAUUUUGAAUCAUUUCUAUGGCUUAAUAAUUUAAUAUGUUUUGAACGCGUUCUUCAAUGAAUCGUCCCAGUAAUGCCUGGUUUCGUAUAUCGCUCUUUACUGAAUAAAUCUAAAUGGCAGGGACAUGUUGACAAGAUAGCAAGCUUGCUAACUAGCCAGAUAGCCACCUAGCUUGCUAAUCCAGGCAACCGCUGUUGUUGAUAAAUAAAAAUAUGGCUAAUUCUGUUUCAAUAAGAUUCAGUUUAAGCAGAUUAACUAAUUUGUCGUUUUAGCUUGACAAAUAGUUUGUUGUCCUUUGUGUCCGUAUAAAUGUGUUUUUGUGAAAACACUGGCAGUCGUAUGAUGACUUUAUCAAUAAUUUCUGUUGACUGUUGUGGCCGGCAUUCAAUGUGAUAGCCAGAUAGCUUAGCUUUCUAUGUGGCCAGCUUUCUGUCGAUAGUUAGCCAGGUAACCGCCUAAUUUGUAUAAUUUCCUCACGUCUCGUAUAGCUAGACAGUAUUAGCGAACUGUCAUGGGUGUAGUCCAUGUUGGGACAUUUAUUUCUCCACUGGUAUUAUAAGUUCACAUGGCUGAAAUUCAUCCGUUUAUAGUCACAACACAUUUAGUCAUUCAGCUUUGUAUAGAUAGCUACCCUUGUUUUUUUUUUGGUGUUAUAAUCUCGUUUGCAGUCGCGAUGAUGUAAAGAAACCCUUUUUCCUAAAGCUGGCAAAUCGUAGCAAUCGUUCAUUUGCUGACUGACAGGUUGUCAAACGAAAUCGGCUGAUUUGAUUAAUCGUUUACUCUGCAGAGAUGACACGUUCAUCAGCUUUUGCUGGACUAAUCUAAACGCAGCUAUCGCCUCUGACAGUAUUCCUGAAACUUCGGACCUCAAGAAAAUGGCAGGAUUCGAUAGAGCCUGAGUGAGCUAUCACAAAAAAGAAAAGUCUGGAGUGAAAGAUGUUUAGCGCGAGUCAAAGCUCAAAGUCUGAGUUCCUGGACAAAGCCAGGCAGGCCCGCGAGGAGAGGAAGGGCCACAAGGAACGCGAGAGAGCCGCAACCCAGAUCCAGGCGCUGGUGCGGAGGUUCCUCUGUCGCUGUCGGCUGCAAAGGGAAAUUAGGAAAGAUGUGGAUGACUUCUUUCAAGCCUGUGAUGCAGGAACUGCAAAAAGAAAUGCUCUUUCUAUUUUUAAAAUAGCAAGGAAACUAUUAUUUAUAUUUGCUAACGAGGAUAAGUUGAGGUUUGAGAAGCUAUGUCGGUUUAUUCUUGCCAGCAUGGAGGUUGAAAACGAACCAAAAGUAUGGUAUGUGUCCUUGGCACUUUCUAAAGACCUCACCAUCCCCUGGAUCAAACAAAUCAAAGAUGUUCUGUGGCUGUCCUGUGAGUUCCUGAAAAAAUUAAAGCCGGACAUACUGCAGGACAAUAAGUUGGUGACUCUGUACCUUACCAUGUUAAUGACUUUCACGGACACUUCAAAAUGGAAGAUACUGAGAGGGAAAGAGAAUCUCAGGCCCGCAUUGAAUCGAAUAUGCGAGAACAUCAUGGGGCAUCUCAACCAGAAGGGGUUCUACACUGUACUGCAGAUUUUGUUGACGAACGGCCUGGCUCGGUCUCGGCCCUCCCUCACAAAGGCCACCCUCACGGCCGUAUUUACGCUGUCGCUAAGGCCUGUCGUGGCGGCCCAUUUCUCGGACAACCUCCUGAGGUCCUUCCUCAUCCACGUCAUGUCCGUGCCGGCGGUCAUCUCCCACCUCAACACCCUCACGCCGGAGUGCAUGGCCACCAUCCAGGCCCACGACCUGCUGCGGAAGUUCAUCCUGUUCCUGAGCCGGGCGGAGCAAUGCGCGGACAUUUGCGUCUGUUUGGAGGGCAGCCACUCCCUGUGCUUGCUGGGGAACCUGAUUCACCUGGGCUUCCUGAAUGAGAAGGUGCUGGAAGAGGAGGCCAAUCACUUCGUGAAGGACCUGACGGACAUGCUGUCCUACUGCCAGAGAUACGUCUCGCAGAAGAAGUCCAACCUCACCCACUGGCACCCGGUGCUGGGCUGGUUCUCCCAAACUGUCGACUACGGGCUGAACGAGUCCAUGCCCCUGGUGACCCGGCAGCUCCAGUACCUCUGGGGGGUGCCCGUCAUCCGGACGCUCUUCAGCGACGUCCUCAGCAAAAAGCUGGAGAGCCAGGAGCCCACGCCUCCGCCCCCGCAGCCAACCACGUCGCAGAACAACCUGCCAGUCAAGAACCUGUUCAAGCGGGCCUUCCAGAAGUCGGCCUCGGUGCGGAACAUCCUGAAGCCGGUGGGCGGGAAGCGUGUGGACUCGGCCGAGGUGCAGAAGGUGUGCAGCAUCUGCGUGCUCUACCAGACGGCGCUGACCACGCUCACCCAGAUCAAGCUCCAGAUCCUGACCGGUUUGACCUACCUGGACGACCUGCUGCCCAAGCUGUGGGCCUUCAUCUGCGAGCUGGGGCCCCAGGGGGGCCUCAAGCUGUUCCUGGAGUGCCUGAACAACGACACGGAGGAGUCCAAGCAGCUGCUGGCCAUGCUGAUGCUGUUCUGUGACUGCUCGCGCCACCUCAUCACGAUCCUGGACGACAUCGAGGUGUACGAGGAGCAGAUCUCCUUCAAGACGGAGGAGCUGGUCACCAUCUCCUCCUUCCUCAACACCUUUGUGUACAAGAUGAUCUGGGACGGGAUCCUGGAGAACGCGAAGGGCGAGAAGCUGGACCUGUUCCACAGCGUGCACGGCUGGCUCAUGGCGCUGUACGAGCGAGACUGCCGCCGGAAGUUCUCUCCCGACGACCACUGGCUGCGCAAGGACCUGAAGCCCAGCCUUCUGUUCCAAGAGCUGGAGAAAGGCAAGAGGCGAGCCCAGCUGCUGCUGCAGUACAUCCCCCACGUCAUCCCACACAAAAACAGGGUCCUACUCUUCCGCAACAUUGUGACCAAGGAGAAGGAGACCCUGGGAUUGGUGGAGACCAGCUCCGCCUCCCCUCACGUUACGCACAUCACCAUCCGACGCUCGCGAAUGCUAGAGGACGGGUAUGACCAGCUGCGACGGCUUCCCAACAACUCCAUCAAGGGCGUCAUCCGCGUCAAGUUCGUGAACGACCUCGGCGUGGACGAGGCGGGAAUCGACCAGGACGGGGUCUUCAAGGAGUUCCUGGAGGAGAUCAUCAAGAAGGUCUUCAACCCGGGGCUCAAUCUCUUCAAGACCACCAGUGGGAACGAGAGGCUGUACCCGUCCCCGACGUCCUACAUCCACGAGAACCACCUGCAGCUCUUUGAGUUUGUGGGGAAGAUGCUGGGGAAGGCCAUGUACGAGGGCAUCGUGGUGGACGUCCCGUUCGCCUCCUUCUUCCUGAGCCAGGUCCUGGGCCACCACCACAGCAUGUUCUACAGCUCCAUCGACGAGCUGCCCUCCCUGGACUCGGAGUUCUACAAGAACCUCACCUCCAUCAAGCGCUACGACGGAGACGUCAGCGACCUCGGCCUGACCCUGUCGUACGACGAGGACGUCAUGGGGCAGUUGGUGUGUCACGAACUGAUCCCAGGCGGGAAGACCAUGCCCGUCACCAAUGAGAACAAGAUCAGCUACAUCCACCUGAUGGCGCACUUCCGCAUGCACACGCAGAUCAAGGACCAGACCGCCGCCUUCAUCCGCGGCUUCCGCUGCAUCAUCAACCCCGAGUGGCUGCACAUGUUCUCCACCCCCGAGGUGCAGCGCCUCGUCUCCGGGGACAACGCCGAGAUCGACCUGGACGACCUCAAGAAGCACACGGUGUACUACGGGGGCUUCCACAGCAGCCACCGCGUGAUCAUCUGGCUGUGGGACAUCCUGUCCAACGACUUCACGGCCGAGGAGAGGGCCAUGUUCCUCAAGUUCGUCACCAGCUGCUCCCGCCCCCCCCUCCUGGGGUUCGCCUACCUCAAGCCCCCCUUCUCCAUCCGCUGCGUGGAGGUGUCGGACGACCAGGACACGGGGGACACGCUGGGCAGUGUGCUGAGGGGCUUCUUCACCAUCCGGAAGAAGGAGCCGGGGGGCCGGCUGCCCACCUCCUCCACCUGCUUCAACCUGCUCAAGCUGCCCAACUACAGCAAGAAGAGCAUCCUGCGUGACAAGCUGCGCUACGCCAUCAGCAUGAACACGGGCUUCGAGCUGUCCUAGCGCCCCCCGCGCGGCGCUGGAGCUCCGCCCACAAAGGGGGCGUGUCCCAGCACGCCGGAGCUCCGCCCCCUACUACUGCUGCUGCUGCUGCUGCUGCCCGCGUGCGGACACACACCGGCGCCGCCCACCACCACCGCGGCCCCUCCAAUCGCCUUCCGGGAAACAACCAACCGCUGGUGUCGCAGCAGCUAAGCAAUCACAGACAGCUCAGCGAUCCGUUUUUAAAAAAGAUAACCUAUCGGAGCGGUCUAAAUGACGAUGAUGACGCUCUCACUGACUAACACUCCCUGUUGAUAAAUAUCCCUUGUUAAGCCCCCCUCCGCCCCUUGCAACAUAAAUAUGUAAAUUUAACUACAUGACAUGCCUAAUAAAAUGGCUUCAACUCUAGUAUUUCUCAGGCACAGGAACAACUCUCGCUUAACGUUAACUGGAAAAGCAAUACAGAUGCAAGCCAUGACUAGUUCAUUUUAUUCGACUUUUUAGCGAACCGAGGAAUGAUUUCAGAUGUGGUUGGCACACGCACGCAAUCAUAGCAAACUCCUUCAAUCUGUUAAGCAGACUCUAAAAAAAAAAAAAAGCCUUGUUUAAACGUGAUGAAAGCACCUUUUAAAAUGAUCUAUUAUAUCUUUGAGGCGUGAGGACGGGGGCAGUGGGUGGGGGUGGGGGGGGGAGGGGGUCUGAUGUGUUUUUAAUGCUGUUGCCCUCGUUAGAUAAGGUAUGAAAUCCGAGUCACUAAAUACCACUACAUUAACUUGACUUUAUGAUCCCGGAGAGCUGUUCCAGCCCGUUCCUCUCUCAUGUCUCCUGAGAGUGCUGCGAUCGAAUCGAAGAGUCGUUUUUUUUGCACGUCCACGCAGAGAACGGCCGCAUUUGAUUCGCUCCUGGAUUUAUUAUUUUUUUUGACAGAUUUUUUUGUUCGUCAUCCGCUGCUUCUCAGUUCCUCCCGAUCCUGCUGAGGUGCGAUGCAGACAAGUUUUUUUUUUUUUUUUUCUUCCUGAAAACCGUUCGGAAAUUAUUUCGAUUUUAAACUUUAAACAUCUCAGCCGGGUGUUCUUUUUUUUUCAUUUUUUUGUCCGGUAAUAAAUUUUGAGAAUGCUCUCUGCAUCCUUCACUGCUGAUGUUUUUUUCAGGUUAACUGUAAACGUGUAUACGAGCCGUUACUUGAGGUUUUCCCUCUCGCACUCCCCCCCACCCACCAACCACCAUUUUAUAGCUGGGAUGCCGCUGCUCUGGAACCAUGCAUAGCAAACUAAACAAACAAAAAAGACACGACAGGAAGCUAGGUGUAAGGACUGAGUCGCUUAAAUAACCCCCCCCCCCCCCCCCUGUGAUUUUUUUCUCACAGAGAUGCUUUUUAAAAUGACGGUUUUAAAAAAAAACAAAAAAAAACAAAAGUUCUGGCGAAACUGAGGCAGAAAGCGAAACGGUCCUCCCUCCAGAUGUGCGGAGCAGCUGUAUAAACCACACUAAACUUCGAGAGAACGGCCCCUGCUGUCGCCGUGCUUUCGCCAGGUCCUGGAAGCAGACGUGUGUCACCAGGUCCUGGAAGCAGACGUGUGUCACCAGGUCCUGGAAGCAGACGUGUGUCGCCAGGUCCUGGAAGGAGACGUGUGUCCGCCAGGUCCUGGAAGGAGACGUGUGUCGCCAGGUCCUGAAAGGAGACGUGUGUCCGCCAGGUCCUGGAAGGAGACGUGUGUCGCCAGGUCCUGAAAGGAGACGUGUGUCCGCCUUGUCUCUCGGGAAUCAAGCCAUAACCUCGGGGGGAUUUGGACGGCCGGCCGGCCUGAAUUCCAGCGGAGAUUAACCCCCCCACAGGCCAUAGAACGCCACGGGACGGCAUGCGUGAGGCUCCAGUUUCGGGAACGCGGUCCUACGCCGGGACACCAGCAGGGGGCGCCUCCACGGCCUUUUGUGACCGAGAGCACUGUCGCGUUCGCCUACGCUCGCGGGGCCUGAAUUUUAGCCGUCGGGUGGAACACGGGGAGACCGUCAUGUGCGUAAACACCCCCCUCCCCCCCCUCUCCCUCGGCAUGGGGUGGCGGGGUCCCAUGAGCCUUUGCACCUACUGAACUCACUUGAAACUGAAAGCGAGGUCUUUGCUUUCCUCCACCCACCCCCCCACCAUUUCAAACAUACUAAGCCAAGACCGCUGUUGUAUUGUUUGGUGAUCAUUCUUACAUUUUUUUAUUUUUAUUUUUAAAGAUGUUGGCAAUUUCGACAAAUCAUGACGUGCAGAAAAUUUGCAUUUUACAGGGUUAUAUGACUGUAAAAAACACCAUUGCAGCGCAGUUCAGUCCCAGCAGCCUUUGCUUCAACUACUGUGGGGGUUAUAGUGUGGACAUCGGCGUUGGUGAAGAAAAAAGCAAUAGCAGCCUGUUUUUUUAGACCUUUUUUUAUUAUGCAAAACUGUCCUCUUCAUCUGAGUCACCUGAAGUGUGUAUGCGCAUGGGGGGGUGGGGGGGUGGGGGGGUGGGGUGGGGGGGGCAUACGGGGGGUAAUAGACCUGCCCAAGCCAGUGGGGACAUUUCAGUAUUGCCCUGUCUGUCGUACCUCUCUGUCUCACCCUGAAGUGUCGUCGCAGUUUCUACAUGUCCUCGACAUGGCCACGCACGUCCAAAACAAAUACACAGAGCGACAUUUAUUUGUGCUUUCAAGGUGGUGUUAAGAACUCGACGGGCAUUUAUGUACAGUUAGCGGGGCACCAUUGGACCUGAAAUUAUUCUGAAACUGUGGGGCCUAGAGUAUAGUGUAAUGAAUUAUUAUGUGGGUACCACUGGCUAACGUCCCUCACAGCAACCUGUUCUCGUGCUUUCCCGUUGUACCCCUCCCUGAUACACUCCAGUGCCCAUCCCCGUCUGUCAGUCAUUAGUGUGUUGAAAGGAUCGUCAGGAGCAAACGACUGUCUAACGAUUUUUUUUCUUACCGUGUGCUUUCAGGGGUCCGAUCUUUUUUUUUUCCCGACUGACGUCCGAGUCCCGCUUUGAGAAAUUCGUGAGCGCGAAGAGCACGCCGAGGGUUUCGGUCGCCGAGUCAACCGACCAAACCGCGCCGAUUUCUCGCGGUCGUCCGCGCCGCGCCGUGAAGUUAAAGGAAAGGGCUUUGUUUGUUUUCAGCGUGCUGCGGUCGCUGCGGUUCGUCCAGUCUGUCGCAUUCUCAAGGGCUUCAUGUGCCAUUCGGAUUCACUGAUGUCGAGUUGAAACCGGACGCCAUUUUGGGGCGUCCUCCUCCUCCUUCUUCUCCUCCUCCCUUUCUCGGCCAGGCCGGAGUCUUAAAAUGGUUUCUCGUCCGAGCAGCUGCGGACGUAGAGGUGUAGAGGUGUGUGUGUGUGUGUGUGUGUGUGUGUGUGUGUGUGGCGUGAUACCGAAGGGUACCUCGCAGGCCGGGCCGGGUUCGAGUGACGGGCUAACCUCGUCACUGUUAAACGAUGUCAUUAAAAUCUCACCUUGAUCUCCCUUACAGAAAAAAAAAAAAAUCCAGGAAAACAGACUACAAGUAUCACUCCUCUAGAGUACUGUCUUGCUCUCUCUCUUUUAAAAAAAAGUGUCUUUGAAAAUGAAGAAAUUGGUUGCACUAUGUGAAAUUCUUAUUGUUUAAAAGGCAUAUUUCAAUGUAAAAAGUGAUCUAUAUGUAUAACCUCAUUCAAGUGGUUUUUCCUGCUGUAAAAUAUAUAUAUAUAUAACAUUAUUGUUAGUCAUGUAAACCUUUGAUUUUUCUUAAAUAUUUACUUUACAACUAAA